UCAUUUUUUUCCCCCUUUGCAAUCACGAUUUCCACGCUGUUUAGAAAAAUGAGGAUGCUCAGCAGCAUAGGGCGAGUUUUUCCUUCCAACCUCCUUUUUUAUGCCUGCCAAAUCCUUCUCAGCUCCAAAAUGAAAAUCCAGGCUGCCUGCAUAUGUGUAAUCAAAGGUUAAAAAGCACCCUGGCUGACACCACGCAUGUGUUAAUCUGUGCUGCAGCAGAGUGCAUCAUUUCCACUUUGACCUCAGAGUUAAUCUGCAUUCAGGCUGAAGCUCCAUAGCUUUAUUCUUUUUUUUUUUUUUUCCCUCAUUUACUCUUUGUUGCUUUAUUGGAUUUUCCUGCAUGUGUGUCAGCGGUUCCGUAAAUGUGUAUGUGCUCCUUUCCUUGAUGUUUUUAUUCUGUGAGUGUCUGUGAUUUUCGCUUUUUGUUUGGGUUUCAUUUUUUUCCUUUUCUUCCAAUUAUAUUAUUUCCCUAGAUUUGGAAGCUGCUGCCUGCUGCCAGAGCUGACGUUUUCUGAUUAUAUCUGCAAAGGGCUUGUGCAGAUCUAAUUUCUCUCCCCUUGCAUAUUAAUUCCCGCAGCUGGGCGCAAUGUCUCAUCCCACUGACGGGACCUGGUAGGGAGGAGGGAGAACUACUACCAAAAAAAAAAAAAAAAUUAAAGAAGGGGACGGAUCCAUCUGCAACCGAGAGGAAAGGGGGAAAAAAGCUGGGGGGGGGGGGGGGGGGGCUGGAAUAGAGAUGAUUCCUCCAAAUCCAACAAGCCUGGGGAACACUGCAUUCUUGAAUCCUGCAUUUUCUCUCAAAAUGAUGGUGUGGGCACUUCUGUUCUUCUCUCUCAUCCAGUGCUCCACACAAAAGGGAGAUGAUGAUUAUGAAGACUACACUACAAAUAAGACUUGGGUUUUGACUCCCAAAGUCCAUGAGAGCGAUGUGACUCUUAUUUUAAAUGGUUUGCUGGAAGGAUAUGACAACAAAUUGAGACCUGACAUAGGAGUUAAACCGACAAUAAUUCACACUGACAUGUACGUAAAUAGCAUUGGCCCCGUGAAUGCUAUCAAUAUGGAAUAUACAAUUGAUAUAUUUUUCGCCCAAACGUGGUAUGACAGACGUCUGAAAUUCAACAGCACUAUAAAAGUGCUCAGAUUAAACAGCAACAUGGUUGGGAAGAUCUGGAUACCAGACACGUUUUUCCGAAAUUCCAAGAAGGCUGAUGCUCACUGGAUAACAACUCCUAAUAGGAUGCUCAGGAUCUGGAAUGACGGCAGAGUCUUGUACACACUGAGGCUGACAAUUGAUGCUGAGUGUCAGCUACAGUUACACAACUUCCCAAUGGAUGUCCACUCCUGCCCACUGGAAUUUUCAAGCUAUGGCUACCCCAGAGAAGAGAUCAUUUACCAGUGGAAGCGCAGCUCGGUGGAGGUGGGGGACACCCGCUCCUGGAGGCUCUACCAGUUCGCCUUCACAGGACUCAGAAACACAACUGAGGUGGUGAAGACUACUUCAGGAGACUAUGUAGUCAUGUCUGUCUUCUUUAACCUGAGCAGGAGAAUGGGUUAUUUCACCAUUCAGACCUACAUUCCCUGCACACUCAUUGUUGUCUUGUCCUGGGUCUCUUUCUGGAUUAAUAAGGAUGCAGUUCCAGCCAGAACAUCAUUGGGAAUUACAACUGUCCUGACAAUGACCACCCUAAGUACAAUUGCUCGUAAAUCUCUUCCCAAGGUCUCCUACGUGACAGCCAUGGAUCUUUUUGUGUCAGUCUGCUUUAUUUUUGUGUUCUCUGCACUGGUGGAAUACGGAACAUUGCAUUACUUUGUCAGCAACAGAAAGCCAAGCAAGGAUAAAGACAAAAAGAAGAAAAACCCACUUCUUCGGAUGUUUUCCUUCAAGGCACCUACUAUCGACAUCCGCCCCCGAUCAGCUACAAUUCAAAUGAACAAUGCUACACACCUCCAAGAAAGGGAUGAGGAGUAUGGCUAUGAGUGUCUCGAUGGCAAGGACUGUGCCAGUUUUUUUUGCUGCUUUGAGGAUUGCCGGACGGGCGCGUGGCGGCACGGCAGAAUACACAUCCGCAUCGCCAAAAUGGACUCCUACGCCCGCAUCUUCUUCCCGACUGCCUUCUGCUUGUUCAACCUGGUCUAUUGGGUAUCAUAUCUGUACCUUUAAAAGCAGUAGGAAAUCAGUGAUAUCAGCCUUACUCACUGAAUUUCUUAGAGAGAUGGUUUCCUAAAUCCACUUGAAGUAUUUAUGAUGCGCUUUAUAGUGAUCUGAAUUCUUUAGUGCCAUAAUCCCGUAAAUAUCAGUCAUCUCAUCUGUCCAAAAAUUGCCAUCAGGUUAUUGUGAAUUACAUGUCCAUUCCACAUGCCAAAAUAAUUUAAAAAUAAAAUCAUGUUGAUAGGUAAUAUACACCUAUACCUGCUGGAAUAGAGAGAAACAGGGCAGACAGGACAAAGGGAGCAUAGCAACGUCAUUUAAUGGUUGAUACUGUGAUUCCAAAUAGGAGUGAGAGAGAGGAGAAUUCCCAGGUAAAGUGCUGUACAGUUUGUUAACAUUGGCUAUAAUUAUGCUAUAGCUUUAUUCUCUGUGGGCUUUUCUUUUUGGAAGAGUCAUCUCUCACUUUGAAUAGGUAUUAUUAAGCUAGGAAAAUUAACUUCUACUCCCACCAAGAUGAAAACAGACCUUUCCCUUUGCCAUCCCUUUAAGAGCACAUGUACAAUGCUGUAAAUAUUUCAAUACCUUAUAGUACAUAAAGCCUAGUGCAUGCAUCUUUUGGGGGCCAAAAUUAAUGAAAAAGGUACUAUAAAGUUUUGUCUUUUACUUUGUGUCUCUGGAUGUGCUAUUGUAAUUGAAAUGUGGACAAACCUAAUUUUCUUUUUUCUUGAAAAAUUGCCCCUAUCCCUCAUGCAUGGAAGAUCCAAGCAGACAGCACUGUCAUGCAAGAUAUUAGAGAAGCCUUAAGGAUUCAACUAAACAUAUAGACAAAAUUGUUUGGCCAAUAUAAUAGCUCAUAAAGUGUAAUGUAUGUGUCCUCUGCAGUUGUAGCCUUCAUUUCCCAUUGUUAAUGUUGCUAUAUUUCAACUGAAUCUCCAGUAAUUAUACAUUGCAAGAUCAGCUUCCGAAUUUAAUCCAUGUGCUUCUAUUGUUCUUUUCCCACGUGGAGCUCCACUUUUUUCCUUACUCAAGUGUUUGUGGGGGUCUUUUAUUCUUUAAUUCAGUACAGGAAAUAGCUUUUAUUCUAGAUAUUAUUUCUACAUAAGAGCUUCAAGUUAAUUUUGAAACAUUAGUCCUUCUAUUGUAUAUACACACACAAUUCUCUGCCCAUUCAUGUCCUUGAUCAGCAAUAGUUGUUGUCAGUGCUGCUUUCACUCAGUGAGUACCUUUACUAAAACAAACCUUUACCAUGGCUAGCACAGAACUUAUAGAUAGCCUCAAAAACAAAAGGGAACGGAAGGUGUCUCGGCUACUAAAUCACAUGUAUGCAGUUAUGUAUGUAUUUAAAUCCUUCAACCCACCUGGGUGAAUCCUGAAAACCACUGGUUUUCAGAACCUGUAUGAUGCUCAAUUAUGCAACCUUAAGCACAUGUAAAUAUGACUGAUGGUUUGUUUUUUUUUCUUUUUUAAUUUGUCAAAGAUGCAAAAUACCACCUCCAGAAAAGUGGGCUUGCAGCUUGAAAAGGGAGACCUAUAGCUUAUCACUACAGAAUUAUUAUUAAUAGAAACGGAGGAAAAGGAAAGUUUUCCAAUGUCUGUAUAGUUUUGGAAAUAAAAAUGUAUAAAAAAGGAAUAUCUCUUGAUCAUCAAUUGCUCCUAGUCCAAUGUAUUUGAAAACAUUUUAAUAAAGGAAUUGCACACACCUGUGGACUUUUUCAAUAAAACUACUGCACUCAA